AAAAUGUGGUUGAGAACCUACUCGCCAACACUUCUAUGAAAAGAGAAUCAACUACCUCCUAACAACAACAAUACCAUUCCAAAAUCCCAAAUCAAUAUUCUAUCAUGGACGAGGUCAUCACGGCCGCUGAUGCCUCAUCAAGUUUUCGAUCCACUACAUAUCAACCCUCCAUCAUCCCCUCUAACCUUCCUCUCCUCUCUGCUUUCCUUGCUUUCGCUCUUGCCCAGUUUCUCAAGCUCUUCACUACCUGGUACAAGGAGAAGAGAUGGGAUUCGAGAAGGAUGCUUGGGUCUGGAGGAAUGCCAUCAUCGCAUUCAGCUACUGUGACAUCACUUGCAGUUGUAAUUGGUUUACAUGAAGGAACUGGAGGGCCAGCGUUUGCCAUCGCCGUUGUUUUGGCAUGUGUUGUAAUGUAUGACGCUUCUGGUGUAAGACUCCAUGCUGGUCGCCAAGCUGAACUAUUGAACCAAAUAGUAUGCGAGCUACCUCCAGAACAUCCUGUCUCUAAUGUUAGACCCUUACGAGAUUCACUUGGUCAUACACCACUCCAGGUUGUUGCAGGUGCUAUUUUGGGGUGUGUGGUAGCAUUCCUCAUGAAAAGUUCCAGUUAGCGAAUGGGAUAAUGCAUGCAAUAGAAUAGGGCUACCGUCUCAUCUUUUACCAGUGGAUAAUACUUAAAGACCAAUUAAGAAUUGAAAAAAAAAACUUGUUCAGAACCAACCAAACUCUAAAAAAGAAGGAAAAAAAUGCACAAGUUUCUUAUAUUUUUCUUUGAUGCACUUGUCCCAUCAAUUAAUAUGUAUAAAUGGUCACCCGCAAUUUGACAUCUUUAGAUUUAAGCUCUCAAUAGAUUUUUCUAAACAAAUAUUGCACUCGCGUUGUGUUUAAGAGAAUGUAAAUGUUGUUGAUUUGGACGAGGUAUUAAUUA